AUGUUACUAGACUACAUGCUUAAGCUCGCAAGUUCGGGCAAAGAUUCUUCAGAUGGCCGCAUAUCCAUAGGAAAAAACUCACGGUCGGAGCAAAAACACAUCGUGAUUAAGGACCUGGCACUGGUGAAUGAAGUCCGUAACGCAAUGACUCUCCGAUAUAAUGAUUUCAAAGUUGGCAUCUCGGGAGACAGAACCAGUGACGUGCGUCUACUCCUUCCUUUCCAACCAACACGAUCAAACCCCUUGAACGUGCUUCCACCUCCUUUGCCCACAGGUUCUGUGAUCCAAAACAUUGCGAUGACCUCUUAUCUCGACCUAGAGGAUGAAGAUUGGGUACUGGCUGUCAAGCUCUAUGGCUCUAAGAUUAAGCUUUUUAGGCGCUCAUACAAACCUACUUGGAUUGAUGUAAACUACAUGCCUCCGUCUAUAUACACAACCUCGAGCCUCAUGUAUUCUAAGAAAGAUGAAAGGUUCUACGUUCCAACUCCUGGAGGAGAUUACUUGUACUCUUUGGAUUCUAAGUCAACGGAAGAUGAUCGUCCCGAGUUCAUUGGCUUGUGGACUGAAGAUUUAACUAAGUAUUUGAAUGAGAACCAGUUGGAGGUAAAUACGUUUACCACGACAGUCCACUUCUUGGAGCCACCUUCAGGUGAACAAUUCUUCGUCAAAUGGUUUUUCUAUGAUGAAUAUGAGAUUUACAAAGGGUCGAAGCAAGUCACAAGCAGAACAGUAGACUUCAUCGUGUUUAGAGCAGAGGACCAUCCUAUAGAAAAGAAGAAAAAACAAUUGUUCUACACAGACGACAUUGGAGAUCUUUGUAUCUUUCUUGGACAUGGUGAACCUUAUUGCGUCCGGGCUAGCUCGCAUCCUGGUCUCAGAGCUAAUUGCAUCUAUUUUUCGGGAUACAACUUUGGAACUUACGAUAUCAACACCAAACGUUGCAAUAUGUUUUUCGCUGAGGAAGAUAUAUUGAGUUCUACCAAGUUCCCUUACUGGCCUCAUCCCUAA